AUGGAGCUUCGGCAUGUGGUGCAUACUCUGGUGGCAAAUCAAACUUCAAUAAUGGCCAAGAGUGAGAGAAUGCAAGAACAGUACAAUGAGCUAAAAAGUUUGAUCAUAGCUUCUAGGGGGUCUGUUGAAAUGGGAGAGAUUCUAGAAAAGGAGCUUCCAAAUAAAGAUCCUUCUAAGGACUUGGAAAACAUGAAUGACGAAGAACAAGCAACUUCACUUUCAUAUACUACCAAGGCAUCCGAGGCAAUGGCUGCUCCAAGGCAUCCAGAUAAGGUGAAGGCAACCCAACUGGAAUCAAGGAUAACAGAAUCAGCACUACCAAGUCUUGCGCCUGUGCCAAAACUGAAGAAGACAAAGACAACUAAACAUAAGAAACCAGGAAUAUUUCAAACACCACUCCAAAAGGGGCCAAAGGACGAAUUAAAAGAUACCAUAAAGUGUGGCAUGGAAGUUAGUUUGACGUCACCAAACAGUGCAAGUGUGGUGGCAAUGGGAACCAUUCAGAAAACUGAUAGAAAAGCUAAAGCUAUUGAUGGUCAACCACUAGCUGAUUGUGUUGAAGUACUUGUCAACAUCGUGCUCAAAGAAACAACUGAGCUGCCUCGUGCACAAGGGAAAAUAAACAGGCUAGGAAAUGCCCAAGCUAGGUGUAUUCCAUGGCCACGCAAAAAUAUUAUGCAAACAGACCGUACUACCGUGCUGCAUUCUAAGGUUUCUAGUGUUUGUAGUCAGAUGUCUUUCAACAAUAGUGAGAAUGUGGAUCCCAACAAAACAACUACUGGAACUCAGGUGACCAACCAUCAGACUGGUUGCAGUACUUCAGAAGGUGCAGUGAGGAAUACACUGAAGAGAAAGAAAGUUUCUGAGACAACAAGAAUGAAAAAAGGUACUCAAGCAAUCUCUGCUACAACCGGAAACAACAUACUUAGGAAUUCGGGCAGGGAAACAUGAAAGAUGGUCAUAAGUGAGUUGUACAUGCCUUUUCCUGUAACACUUGUUCGUAUUGUUGUCACAACAGUAGGAAGUGACCUGUGUGUUUCUGAUUGAUACUUCGAUAUUGUUUCUGAAUUUGUGAAGAUGUUCUGAUGGUGAUGCUUUGCAUUAUUCGCGUGCACGAUGAUACUUCUAGCCGAUGCAAGCUUCUCAAUCUUUUUUUCUAUUGUAUGUGUGUUUUUACAGAGCUAGAUGCAAAUUAUUGAGCUUGCUGUAACAGUGGUUUUAUCAUAUUCUUAUUAUGCAUAUGUAAAGUUUGUGGCAUUCUUAUGUGCCCUGGAAACAUUUUGGAGGCAAUACAAAAGACGCCACAUAAUGGUUUUGAGGCAUUCUUUAGAAAUGCCACAAAAAUGUCUUGAAGGCAGUAUGAG